AUGGCCACACAACAACGUAUCCGCAGCGCAACUCUCGCCCGCGACACAAACGAAACCAAAAUCCAACUCUCCCUCAACCUCGACGGCGGCGACCUCUCCACUCCAGCCUCCAAUGGCGAAGAAGAACAAUCCCACGCAACACAAGCCUCCAAAUCCCAAACAAUCAGCGUAAACACCGGCAUAGGUUUCCUCGACCACAUGCUCCACGCUCUAGCAAAACACUCCGGCUGGUCCCUCUUCCUUGUCACAAAAGGCGACCUCCACAUCGACGACCACCAUACCGCAGAAGACACAUGUAUAGCACUAGGGCAAGCCUUUAAAGAAGCCCUGAAGACCACUACGGGAUUGGCGCGGUUUGGAUACGCAUAUGCGCCAUUGGAUGAGGCGCUGAGUAGGGCCGUGGUGGAUUUGAGUAACAGACCGUACUCGGUUAUAGAGCUGGGAUUGAAGAGGGAGAAGAUUGGCGAUUUGUCGUGUGAGAUGAUUCCGCAUUGUAUGGAGUCCUUUGCUCUCCACGCAGGCAUCACAAUGCAUGUGGAUUGUUUGAGGGGGUUUAACGACCACCACCGAGCGGAGAGUGCGUUCAAGGCACUGGCUAUUGCUUUGAGAAAUGCCAUCAGUCCGGUGGCAGGGAGGGAAGGCGAGGUUCCCAGCACAAAGGGUGUAUUAUUUUAG